AACGUUUACAAGCCCUUCUGAUUCGUUCCACAUUCCCAUUUUAAUAUACAUAGCAAUUCUUUACAAUAAAUUUUUUAAUUGGUUGCUAAUUUACAUAGCGUUAUAAAAAGCUAAUUUUGGAUUUGAUGUGAAAGUGUUUUAGUAUUAUAGAAAUCGAAAGAAGUAAAACUAAAUCAUUUUUACGAUGGAGGCUCAUAUCGAUUUUGGACAAAUAUCAUUAAAAUGGGAUCCGAAAAAUUUAGAAAUAAGAACUAUGUCGGUUGAAAAAACUUUGGAACCUCUGGUCCUGCAAGUUACUACUUUAGUAAAUACCAAAGGUCCAAGCAAGAAGAAAAAAGGUAAAUCUAAGAGAGCAAGUGCACUUGUGGCUGCAGUUGAGAAAGCAACGGAAAACUUUAUCCAAAAAGGUGAACAAAUUGCUUAUGAAAAUCCUGACAUAACACAGGAAAUGCUGACAGCCGUCGAUGAAGUUAGAAAGACAGGAGAAUCAAUGAGUGUUGCUUCUAGAGAUUUUUCUGAAGAUCCAUGCAGUUCAUUAAAGCGUGGAAAUAUGGUGCGCGCCGCACGUAAUCUUCUCUCUGCAGUUACAAGACUGUUGAUUUUAGCUGAUAUGGUGGAUGUACAUUUACUUCUGAAGUCACUACAUGUCGUAGAAGAUGAUUUAAAUAAAUUAAAAAAUGCCUCUAGCCAGGAUGAGCUCAUAAAUAAUAUGAAGCGAUUUGGUAAAAACGCUGGUGAAUUGAUCAAGCAAGCAGCAAAGCGUCAGCAGGAGCUUAAAGAUCCUCAGUUACGUGAUGACUUAGCUGCUGCGCGUGCUAUGUUAAAGAAACACUCUACGAUGUUGCUUACUGCUUCAAAAGUGUAUGUUCGUCAUCCAGAGCUAGACCUUGCUAAAGUCAAUCGGGAUUUUGUGCUUAAACAAGUUUGUGACGCUGUUAAUACUAUAAGCGAUGUUGCACAAGGCAAAUCAUCGCAACCAGUUGAUAUGUACAGUGGCGCUGGAGAGCUAGCUACAGCAUUAGACGAUUUUGAUGAAGGUAUUAUAAUGGAUCCUAUGGCUUAUAGUGAAAAGCGGUCUAGACAAUUGUUAGAAGAACGCCUUGAAAGUAUAAUUAGUGCCGCUGCCCUAAUGGCAGAUGCAGACUGUACUCGCGAUGAACGGCGAGAGCGUAUUGUAGCAGAAUGCAAUGCUGUAAGACAAGCAUUGCAAGAUUUGCUUUCUGAAUAUAUGUCAAACAUGGGUCAGAAAGAGAAUAGUCCCGGUCUUGAACGAGCCAUUGAUCAAAUGUGUCGUAAAACUCGUGACUUGCGUCGCCAAUUAAGAAAAGCUGUUGUUGAUCACGUUUCUGACUCAUUUUUGGAAAUCACUACUCCUCUUUUAGAAUUGUAUGAAGCGGCAAAAACUGGAAAUGAAAAAAAAGUACGAGAAAAAGCUGAAAUAUUUACGAAGCAUGCAGAAAAAUUAGUCGAAGUUGCUAAUCUUGUAUGUAGUAUGUCAAAUAACGAAGACGGAGUGAAGAUGGUUAGGUAUGCUGCAGCUCAAAUAGAAAGUUUAUGUCCUCAAGUUAUUAAUGCAGCUUUAAUAUUAACCGAUCGACCUAACUCUAAAGUUGCUCGAGAAAAUUUGGAAGCUUAUAUACAAGCAUGGGAUUGUCAAGUAAAAAUUUUAACGGAGGCAGUGGAUGAUAUUACCACAAUUGAUGAUUUUCUUGCUGUUUCUGAAAAUCACAUAUUAGAAGAUGUUAACAAAUGUGUUAUGGCUUUACAAGUUGGUGACGCUCAAGAUUUGCGGACAACAGCUGGAUCUAUUCAAGGGCGUUCUGCACGUGUAUGCAGUGUUGUGAAAGCUGAAAUGGAUAACUAUGAGCCAUGUAUAUAUACACAACGGGUUCUAGAAGCAGUUAAACUGUUACGCGAUGAAGUAAUGAAAAAAUUUGGACAACGAGUUCAAUUAGCGGUUGAUGCGCUUUUAUCUCCGUCAAAUCAAGAAGUUGACGAAAAUGAUUUUAUUGAUGCAUCACGUUUAGUGUACGAUGGAGUACGUGAAAUUCGACGAGCAGUUUUAAUGAAUAGGAGCUCUGAAGAUUUAGAUACUGAUACUGAAUUUGAACCAGUUGAAGAUAUGACAUUGGAGACGCGCAGUAGAUCAAGCGCUCACACUGGUGAUCAGACUGUUGAUGAAUAUCCAGACAUUAGUGGUAUUUGCACAGCCAGAGAAGCUAUGCGCAAAAUGACUGAAGAAGAUAAACAAAAAAUUGCGCAACAAGUCGAGCUGUUCCGUCGGGAAAAACUUACAUUUGAUUCAGAAGUUGCCAAAUGGGAUGAUACUGGAAAUGAUAUAAUAUUCUUGGCAAAACACAUGUGCAUGAUAAUGAUGGAAAUGACUGAUUUCACCCGUGGUCGUGGGCCUUUAAAAACUACUAUGGAUGUUAUUAAUGCUGCAAAAAAAAUUUCUGAAGCUGGUACAAAGCUUGAUAAGCUAACUCGAGAAAUUGCAGAGCAAUGCCCAGAAAGCAGUACCAAAAAAGAUUUACUAGCUUAUUUACAACGGAUUGCGUUAUAUUGUCAUCAAAUCCAAAUCACUUCAAAAGUGAAAGCCGAUGUCCAAAAUAUUAGUGGAGAACUAAUUGUUUCGGGUCUGGAUAGUGCUACUUCUCUGAUUCAAGCAGCCAAGAAUUUAAUGAAUGCAGUUGUUUUGACCGUAAAGUAUUCUUAUGUUGCCUCUACAAAAUAUACACGUCAAGGAACCGUAGCGUCUCCGAUUGUUGUUUGGAAAAUGAAAGCACCUGAAAAGAAGCCCUUAGUUCGACCAGAAAAACCGGAGGAAGUACGUGCAAAAGUUCGAAAAGGUUCUCAAAAGAAAAUCCAAAAUCCAAUACAUGCACUCUCUGAAUUCCAAAGCCCAGCAGAUGCAGUUUAA